CACCUUGGCAACCACGUGACCUCGACCUUCAAGCGAACCUUCAAACCAUCGAAAUGGCAGAGUCAAUGUUCUCACACAUAAAGACCGCUCCUGGAAUCGAGGUGUUCCAGUUAACAUCGAAAUACAACGAUGACAAUCAUCCAAUUAAAGUAAAUCUCGGAGUCGGUGCCUACAGGACAGAUGAGGGUAAGCCUUGGGUGUUGCCUGUUGUACGAACAGUGGAGGCACAGAUGGCCUGCGAUACAACCCUCAACCACGAGUACCUUCCUGUGGCAGGACUGUUGGACUUCUGCGAAAAAGCAAUAGAACUACUUCUUGGUGCCGAUUGCAAAGCCAUCACACAAAACAGGGUUUUUGGCACACAAGCCGUAGGAGGGACUGGAGCCCUCAAACUUGCAGCAGAAUUUAUGCACAGACAUCUCGGUGUCGAUGUUGUCUAUAUCUCCAAUCCAACGUGGGGUAACCAUGUAGGAAUCUUUAGGGAUGCUGGUUUCUCAGAAAUCAGAAAAUAUCGCUACUGGAAAGCUGAGACCAGAUCAUUGGACUUUGAGGGUAUGAUUGCAGAUUUGACAGAAGCUCCUGAACGUGCCUGUGUCAUUCUUCAUGGCUGUGCUCACAACCCAACGGGAGUUGACGCUACCCCUGAUCAGUGGGUCAAAAUAGCUGAUGUGUGUGAGAAGAGGAAGUUGACUGUACUGAUUGAUAUAGCCUACCAAGGGUUUGCCACUGGCAAUCUAGAAAAUGAUGCUGCCG